CCCCCCCCGACCGAUCAGUUAGAUAAGGCCCUGCUACUUCUGCGUUGGAGGCUGGGGACCUUUUGUACGGACCUACCACAGUCGACACACCCGACGCAGUGGACCGGCCUCAUCCCUCAUCACCAAUAAGGAUGACGCAUAGAUAACCACAGCCAUGCCAUCUUUGUGGGAUAAAACCUGAGUUAUCUUCAACAAAUAACCACAAGUUCUAUUGAUUCCUCGCCGCUGACAGAAUCGAUGGACCUCAAACUGUGCGGACAUCACCCAUAUUAAACCAAGAGCGAAAGGUGGAUUGCGUGCAGUUCAGUUUGGAUGCGGACUCUAAAGGACCUCUCCAGGUUUAUGACAACAUGUGACGUUCCAUGCAAUUAAAACUUCUCGGAUUAUCACAGCAGCCACAUUGAUUUCGUGCACUGCCGAGGCUGAAUAUUCGGAUCUGUUAAGUAAAUGUCAUCCGGAUUUCGGCUGAAUGUUGCAACAAACGAUACAGAUAUCGGACCAAACGGAGAUAUUAGAGUGUCUCUUUCAUGAAUUGUUAGCAAUGCCCCUGAGCUGAUUUGUCCUGAGAGUAACAUUAGAAAUACACCAUGUCUAGCCCGAGGCCGGACCUGACUGCAGCCUGCGUGAAGAAUGUCCGCCGCCAGAAGGAACUAGAGGUGCAGGUGGCCGAGCUAGACAAGGAGCGGGAAAGGAAUGUCCGGCGGAUGCACCUCAGGGAGCUGGAGCUCAUGCAUGAACAGGAGAAGUACGUAGACACUGCAAAGUUCUUGGAGUACUACGACCCCAAGAUGCAGGCGCAGGACUUGGCAAGGUAUGUCAAUGAUAAAGAUGAGCAGGUCAGGGAACAAAAGAAACUAAAAUUCGACAAGUACUCAUCGCUCUCCCCUAAACCCGUGGAUAGGAUACCUGUACCCAAGAGUGUAUACCAUGAUGAGAAGGGAGUAACGUACGUUUGUAAAGAUGACACGACAGUGGUCAAGGCUAGGCGGAUGAUAGGGAACAGUGCGACCAUGGAUGAUGUAGGAUACGUUACUAGUGGCAAUCACUACAAAUAUAAAAGACUGUUGGAAAAAAUGCGGAUGGUUAGUUUAAAGGAGGAUGACAAUGACGAAAAACUUUCAAAAUGAUGUCCUCGGUUUUAACCUUAGAACAAUGCCGGGUUAACUUCAUGUUAAAAGAUGAGUUUAUAAAGGUGGCUACUCAGAAUGACAACAUCAGAAUUUUCGUUGUAUCUAUUUUGUUUCGAUUUUUGCCAGCGUAUAUUGUACAUGUAAUUCUUACAUGUAAUUGCGAUUAUCUUUCAAUUAGUGAUAUAAAAAUUCGUGUCUAUAAGUUCUUUAAAAUCAGAAUGCAUUGUUGACAUUAGUCAAAGUGCAUAUACAUAGACUUGUAGGGAAGGAGCGGUGCAAGAUGAAGAUUGGCAUUUGGUCUAUCAGGAGCUUUUCGAUGACGGCAUAUCUAUACAUUUAAAUACCAAGUAAACAAAUAUCAAAUUCCAUCAUAUUCAAUAUUAGGGCCAACAAACCAUUUAGCGUGAACGGAAAGUCAACUUGCAUAGAGGGCAUGUUUGCCUCGUUCAACGAUAAAUGGAAUUUUUUCAUCCAUUUGUAGUGCUCACCGACAACGGAUUUUUAUUUCAGCAUAGCCUUCUAUGGUAAUCACUGAACUGAAAUAUUUAGGAUGAAUAAAUAUCUCUAUCGAUAAUUUGACUAAUCUAGUUGACUUUAAUGAUAAAGGAAUCGUGAUGUACAAAACAGGUAGCCGUUGGGGAUAAAUGCCAAGUGAUCUAUCUUCUCUGAAUUAGCCUUACCGGUAUCAAGCUGUCAACGGUGCAGGUGUUCAUACCUAGUUGUCAUCAACUAUACUCUUUAGUCAAGAAACCAAAGAAUGCCUAUAUCGAGCGGCGCAGGAGGAACGCCCAACAGCUAUUUCCAUGACCCGGCUAUUAACCAAAACGUGAGAACGGGGACCUACCCUGGGAAGCCGCUGCAUGUUGGAGAACAGCAAGUGGUUCGCCAGCAGCCUCAGGUGGUCGUUGUCCGGCAGAAACCUCAUGGUCAUGGGAGACAUCAUUACGCCAGAACACAGCCCAAGCGGUCGGGCUGCUUUAGUGACCAAGUCUGGGGGCGUGGACAUCCGGGUUAUGCCUCUGGAAUGAGCGGCUCCGGGUUCUCUGGUCAUGGAUGUGGAGUUUGCCUUCUCGGUCUUCUUGCCUUGGCCGCACUAGCCGCAGUGGCUGCAGCACUCUAUUAUGGAAUAACGGCUGCCAUCGGUAUGCAAAUGAACGUGAGAAGUUUCUGGGACACUGCUGGUAAUCUCCCCCAAGAUCGCUUCUUCUACGUCGACGGCUGGAACCAACCCUGUGUUCCUCGGACGGGGAGCACUGCUGGCGUAGUAGUUCGAACGCAGCCGCCGACAACGACCACCCCAACGACGACAACGACGACAACGACGCCUACACCGACAACCUCGGUCAACCCUCUCUCUUCAGUAUCUACGGGUUCAUCUACAAGCUCAACCACGCCCACGCCCACAACCACAACCACAACCACAACUACAACCACAACCACAACCACCACGACUACACCUCCCCCAGGGACUUCGCCAGGGAUAUUUUGCGACGAAACUACGUACAAAUUUGCGGAAAGGACAACGACGACUCCAUCUGGUGCGACAUCAUCGACACAACAUCGGCGACUCGAUAUCAUCCUUGUCGCAUCGUUCUGCUGUAUAGUGGCCGUGUUAGCGUGAGGAAGUUUGAUGUGAUCAUGUUUUGCCCUGCGAAAUAGUAGUGCCCCGAAGAACAUAUUUUGACUGUCGGUAUGGACUGGCUUAAAUUUCCGCCCCAGAAUGGACAGGUGUUGUGUAGCUAUAAUACGAACGAAACGCGCCUCUUCCACUCAGAUCCUUUUGUCCUGCGAACACGUCGCCAAAGGAAAAUUUGUCAAAUCCAGUUCUUUUUUUAAUCACCCAGCUGGACAACAUAAUCUACGGAAGAAGGCUCCCAUGCCGCUGUAAAGCUUUGCACGGUUAUCGCCCGUGUUCAUUGGCCUAGUCAGAUCAUUAUGACGACCGAUAUCCAACUUUCCGAAUCGGUAGAUGGCCGAUAUCGGACUUCUCGAAUCGGGAGAGUGGCCAAUAUCUAACUUGCCGAAUAGGUAGAUGGCGACGGCCGAUAUCGGACUUGUAGAAUAAGUAGACGGCCGAUAUCUGACUGGUGGAAUAGGGAUUUAAAUAAAAUUGGUACAUGUACAAAUACAUUUUA